AGAAGAGUGUGGCGAUUGAGCGUCGGGCGUGGCGCUGACGUGUCCAUAGCAGGCAUCUGCGCAACGUCGACCCCCUGGACCACACUUGUUCCACUGGACUGCGGUCGUGCCCUUGGACCACAAAGCGAAGAUUCCCCGACUGAAGGUCUAUGCUGCUGCCAUGUUUCCGCAGCAAUGCCCGUAAUCAUUGUGGCUACCGUGCUCGGAAUCAUAGUGCUCUGUUUCACACUGUACAUGCUUGGACACCACCGGGCUCAACGCUCCCAGAUUCAAGCGUCAAAAGUUAUAGGGUCAAUUCAACUAGGAAUAGGUUACGCUGUUGGUAGUUUGGCGUCGAAACCAGAGAGAAAUCUAUUGAUCCGGGACUUUGCUGUAAUAGAGUCAAUCUUCUUACCUGGAGAGGGAAGCAAUGUCACUCCAGCUCACCACUACAGCGACUUCAAAUUUAAGGCAUACGCUCCGGUCGCCUUCCGAUACUUCAGGGACCUAUUUAGCAUAAAUACUCAAGAUUUUUUGAUGUCGCUGUGCCACGAACCCUUGAGGGAACUCUCGAACCCUGGUGCAAGUGGGAGUGCGUUUUAUCUCACUAGCAACGACGAGUUCAUCAUCAAAACAGUUCAACACAAGGAAGCCGAGUUCUUGCAGAAUCUGCUUGCAGGUUACUACAUGAAUCUGAACCAUAAUCCGCGAACACUGUUGCCCAAGUUCUACGGUCUCUACUGCUACCUAUGCGGUGGCAAAAGCGUGCGCGUCGUGGUGAUGAACAACCUGCUGCCCUCGAUGGUGCCCAUGCACCAGAGGUACGACCUGAAGGGCUCCACCCUGAAGCGCAAAGCGAGCAAGCACGAGCGCAGCAAGCGCUGCCCGACCUUCAAGGACCUCGACUUCCUCGAGCAGCAUCCCGACGGCAUUCUGCUGGAGACCGACACGUAUAAUGCUCUCAUCAAGACUAUCCAGAGGGAUUGCCAGGUAUUGGAGAGCUUCAAAAUAAUGGACUACAGCCUCCUUAUAGGCAUUCACAACAUCGACCAGGCGGCGAGGGAACAAAUAGAGCGGCAGCCUCAGGGUGCAAAGGAUGAAGUGAAAUUCAGUUCACCUGGCUCCGAAGAAGGCUCCAUGUGCACCCUCAAACGAGCAGGAUCAGAGAUUAAACAGAAUAAGUCCACAAACCGGCAACGGCUGGCGAACUUCUCCACUGCCAUGGAAUCGAUUCAGGCCGAUGUAGAGCCAAUCGAUCAUGACGAGGAUGUUCCAACCGGUGGCAUCCCAGCGAAGAACUCCAAAGGAGAGCGGCUACUCUUGUUCAUUGGAGUAAUCGACAUUCUGCAAAACUACCGCCUUUUAAAGAAGAUCGAGCACACGUGGAAGUCCAUGUUUUAUGACAAGGACAGCAUAUCAGUGCAGAUGCCCAGCUUUUAUGCAGAACGGUUCCAAGACUUUUUGGCCAAAAAGGUCUUCAAGAAGAUUACCUCUCCCAGCCCCGUGCAGGAUCGCCCCGAAACGGAUGAAACUCCAGAACCGCCGAGUUACACAGCGAGGUCCUGCGCGCGGCAGCGGACGUCAAGGUUGAAGAGUCAACCCGUCUCUGUGACAAUGCUAUCACAGUCACAGUAACUCACUUCAACUUCACACCUGUACAGCUUGCUUCCGGGCAGAAACCUGCCACCAGGAGAAGACGCUUCCAGUGCCUUAGGCUGAACUCUUCCAGCGCUGAAGUCCUGCCACACAGCGCCAUUUGACAUAUGCGAGUGUUUGUUUGAAUGUGUUAUAUUUCUGCUUAAUUUUAUUGCUUCUGUUUUAAAAAAAAAGUAAGCGCAUUUUUAGUUCUCAAAUCGCACUUUCUGGUAUGUACCCACGGCACUCCAGUGCUCAGAAGCGGAUGGUGUUUUUAUUGCGAUAGCAGUUGUAUGUGCACUGGAGGCGAAAUUUGGCCGUCGCCGUUGCCGUGGUGUUCCGCACGAAGUCCAUUUGCGAUAAGAUCCUAUCGCGCGCCAUAUGCCAUGGAUGCGAGGGAAAGCGUGCAAGAGUGAGCCGAAAGGAUGGUGGCUUGAUGCGCGCCGUCUUCCAGUGCGCCCAAUGCUGGCGGUCAAGCAGUCACGUGCGCGCGCUGAC